UUUUGUUCAUCCAUCCGUUUGUUCACUUAGGUUCUGUUAAGUUAAUUGCUCAGCUUCACCAGAUGCAACUCGAUGUAAGCAAAGUCAUUGACAAGACAGACCUAAAAAAUGAGUUGAAGAAAAUUGCUUUAGACAAGGGCUUCAAAAUUAUUGACAAUGAAGGAUCAGGAAAUUGCAUGUUCUAUGCUUUGUCAGAUCAAAUGGAACUUGCUUUGAGAAUCAAAAUCAAGCAUGACGAAUUAAGACAAACGUUGGUCCAGUACCUCAGAAAAAACCCUAAACUACCGAAUGGAACAACUCUGUUUCACUUCGUCCAUGGUCAUCAAUCAUGGGCUGAUUACUUAACGUACGUGGAGCAAGAUGGCGCUUGGGGUGACCAUGUUAUUCUAUGUGCCACAGCAAACUGCUACAAAACUUGCAUUCGUGUGGUCAGCAGUCUUAACGCUUCUCACGAUGUUAUCUUACGACCACAAUGUCCUGUUGACAAAAGCAGGACACUUGUGUUGGGACACAUCCAUGAAGUGCAUUAUGUCAGCCUUCACUCCACACAAGGUACAAUUAUUUACAUUACACCCAGUAAAUGA